AUGAAAGCCCUUCGGAAGACCGAGGCGGGGCGGCGGGGGCCCCUGGCCGCCGCCGGCUUCUGGCAGGUGUGGCAGCGCUUCGACGCGGACGGAAAAGGUUACAUAGACGAGGAGGCUCUGGACGGUUUCUUCCACCACACGCUGACGAAGCUGGGCCCCGAGGCCGCCGCGCAGGAAAGCGUGCGCAGAGCGAGGCAGCAGCUGCUGGCUGCCCGCGGGGCCCGACACGACAGCCGCGUGGAGAUGGAGGAGCUUGCCGGCGUGUUCCUGUCUGAGGAUGAAAACUUCCUGCUGCUCUUCCGCCGGGAAGCGCCCUUGGACAGCAGCGUGGAGUUCAUGCAGAUCUGGCGCAAAUACGAUGCGGACAGCAGUGGCUUCAUGUCAGCUGGCGAGCUUCGCAACUUCCUCCGAGACCUCUUCCUCCGCCACAAGAGGGCCGUCUCCGAGACUAAGCUGGAGGACUACACCGGCACCAUGAUGAAGAUUUUCGACAAAAACCAAGAUGGUCGUUUGGAUCUUAAUGACUUGGCCAGGAUUUUGGCCCUUCAAGAAAACUUCCUUCUCCAGUUUAAAAUGGAUGCUUGUUCCACUGAAGAAAGGAAGAGGGACUUUGAGACCAUCUUUGCCCACUAUGAUGUUAGUAAAACCGGAGCCCUGGAAGGCCCGGAGGUGGACGGCUUUGUGAAGGACAUGAUGGAGCUCGUCCAGCCCAGCCUCAGCGGGCCGGACCUCGACAGGUUCCGGGAGGUUCUCCUGCGUCACUGCGAUGUGAACAAGGAUGGCAAGAUCCAGAAGUCGGAGCUGGCGUUGUGUCUGGGGCUGAAGGUCAGCCCGUGACGGUCGCGGGGCUUGGCUCUCCCGCCUUCCUGCUCUCACUGCUAGAGCCGCCUGGUCUUGGCCUCCUGCCAGGGAGGUGCAGGCUCGCCCAGCGCCCGCCCGCGUUGCUCCCACUCCCGCCCUGCCGCCCCAGGCCGCUGUCCCCCAGACUCCGGUGUCUGUCCUUCCUGUGUUCUUCCCGUGGCUUUCUGCGGAGCCUGCGUGCUGUGUGGCCCCCAGUUCUGUACAAGUAGACCUUGAUGUGCAAAUAAACGUGAAUA